AAACAGUCGUGAGAUUAAAAAGCCUUGUCGGGAUGCACUUCGUUCCAUCUUCCACAGACUCACGAUCUGGCUUCCCCUCGACCAUCGCUGCAGCUUUGAUGAAAGCAGUGGGUCAAAUAACGGCUUUAACACUGGAGCUGUGAAAAGCGAAAACGGGUGCUCCCGUCUGGUUGAAAGCGCAUCAUCUUGACCAGACAGCACAGCGAUAAUUUGCUGCAUUCUCUCUAAAAGAAACGUUUUUGUUUUGGGAGAGUGUAAUUUGAUACCACAAAAACGCUGCAGUCGCCAUCAGUCCCCCAUAAUCAAAGCAAAAUGGUGCAAAAUAUGAUCAGCGAAGUCACUGGAUUCCAUAGCUCUUUCAAGGGCCAAAAUCCCUUUGAGACUGAUGAAUUCACAGAAAAUGGAUCCCUCCUUGAUUCCGACUUCAAUUUUGAGUCGUCGAAUAGACAUGAUGUUUGUGAUUUUGUAGAUAUUCCCUCCAGCCAACCUAUUGACAUCCCUGAUGCCAAGAAGAGAAAUAAGAAGAAAAAGCGCUGCAGGGCAACUGACAGCUUCUCUGGCCGAUUUGAGGAUGUCUACAGGCUGCAGGCAGAGGUUCUUGGAGAGGGGGCAUAUGCAAGAGUGCAGACUUGCAUCAACCUCAUCACCAAUAAAGAGUAUGCUGUGAAGAUCAUUGAGAAGAGACCAGGUCACAGCCGCAGUCGCGUCUUCAGGGAGGUGGAGAUGCUGUACCAGUGCCAGGGUCACAGAAACAUCCUGGAGCUGGUGGAGUUCUUUGAGGAGGAAGACAAGUUUUACUUGGUGUUUGAAAUGCUAAGAGGAGGUUCGGUCCUGGCUCACAUCCACAGGAGACAACACUUUAGCGAGCAGGAAGCCUGCGUUGUGGUGCAGGACAUCGCCAGCGCUCUGGAUUUCCUGCAUAACAAAGGAAUGGCACAUAGAGAUCUGAAGCCGGAAAACAUCUUGUGUGAGCACGUGGACAAGAUCUCUCCUGUGAAGAUCUGUGACUUUGACCUGGGCAGUGGGAUCAAGCUGAACAGCGACAGCUCACCCAUCUCCACCCCAGAGCUGCUUACUCCGUGUGGCUCAGCAGAGUACAUGGCCCCUGAGGUCGUGGAGGCCUUCAGUGAGGAGGCCACCAACUAUGACAAGCGCUGUGACCUGUGGAGCCUGGGGGUCAUCCUUUACAUCCUGCUGAGCGGCUACCCGCCCUUUGUGGGCCGCUGCGGCAGUGACUGUGGCUGGGAUAUGGGAGAACCGUGCCACACAUGCCAGAACACAUUGUUUGAGAGUAUCCAGGAAGGGAAGUAUGAGUUUCCUGAGAAAGACUGGGCUCACAUCUCCUCAAGUGCCAAAGACCUGAUCUCCAAACUGCUUGUUCGGGACGCCAAGAACCGCCUGAGUGCCGGCCAGGUCCUGCAGCACCCAUGGGUGCAGGGGGGCUUCUCUGACACUCUGCCAACAUCUAUCCUACAUCAAAGAAACAGUGCCAAGGACUUGACGUUCUUUGCUGGCAAGGCGGUGGCCAUGAACCGACAAUUGGCUGAGCAGGCUGUGAUGGAGGAGCAGCAGCAGCUUGACGAGUCUCCCAUGGUCAUCACAGCCAGCUCCGCCUCCAUGCGCCUCUCCCCUCCAUCCAACUCAAAGCUGGCCAAGCGCAGGCAGAGGGGCAGCCUCUUGAAGACUGGGCCCGUCUCUGCCUCCGAGCUCAGUCAGCUCCUCACCCCCCUCGUCAUCACGUCAUCAUGUGCCUAAACAACCACCUUUGCCCCCCCAACCCCAACUCAAAUCUCUGGAUGACUGCUCAGCCUGGCCUCUACCUGACCGCAGCUCUUCAGCCACACUGACUGCAGGCAUGUCCCCAUCUUUAACAGGAGACCACCAUGCCUGCUGUCUGUUUCCGAACUGCCUUCUGCCCCACAGCAGCACUUAUAAAGCACAUCAGCCAGGGCAUGCAUACGCAUGCACAUCCAGCCUGCUGGGACUGGGAGGUCGACGGGAUGGGAGGGCUCUUCAAGCUCUGUUUUUAUUUCGUUAAGUCUAAGGCAGAACGUUUGAACCAAGCUCCGACACCAAAGGACUACCUGUUGUGCUGCUUUCACGUUAUAACUAGAUCAACUGUGACUUAAGUUUACCUGGAAUGUUCUCUUUGCCUGUAUGUAUGUGUAUGCAUGAAUGCCCCAUCAGCAGAUGCAUACAUGCUUAUGCAAUAGCCAAGAUGAUGUGGAGGGAUUCAGUGUAGAGUUCAGAAUGCUGGAAGCGGAUGCUGUUAGGUCCUGGUGUAGUCCAUUGUUUGGCUGGGACUUUCAAAGCUUUCAGAUUAUUUUGAUUUAUCUUAAUGGAUAAAUUCCUCUUCAACUGAGCCUCCUCUCUAGAAGGUUUUAAGCCCACAGUACAAAACGUUGUGGCUGUGCACUUGAGCCUCUAGUACCAGAGAAUGUGUAUCUAUAACCAGCCCUUACGCUGCAAUGUCUACCAAUUCAGUUUCAUAGAUGAAAUGAACUAUGCCAAACUAGCACUGGCCAUGCAUCAUUCAACAUUCAUUCCUCCUGCAUUUCUACAACGCAAUAUGGGUUGAAUUCCAUUUGUUUCGCCUGCCUCUGCAAGAGAGACUUUAUGCACCAACCCAAAGUUGUUGGUGCAUGUAACUAAUUUGAUACCAGACAGGUAUACCACAAGGCAGGACAAAUAAAUUAGCCAGCUAACUUGGAUUAAAAAUCAGAAAUAACUUGCUUUCUUGUUCAUUUAAGAAAGCUAAACGUAAUGUUUUUUUGGGUUUAGUCACUAACCAUGUUUCCAUCCUAACUUUAUAUGAAUUUAAAAAAAAUAAUAAUGGCUUGUCUAUCACAGCAGGCCUGAUGGAAACGCCAAAUUUGUUGGUGAACUUUAACAAAUGCUUAAACAAAAUAUGAUAGACAAGGUGAGAUUUGUCAGUACAAUUAAUUAUGAGAGGAGAUGGCGAAGCAAUUGUCCAAAUAUUGAUAUAACAUAUUGUAGUAAACUUGGAGUCAUGCGAUAUAUGUUGUGGUCGGCCCACUACGACUCAUCACAGAAUGUAGUUUAUUAGGCUACAGAUGACAAGUUAUGAUUAACCUCACAAGGUGGAGAAAGAUCAUGCAGUGACUUGAUUGUUCCUUUCCAAUAAUAUUGAAGGUCUUAUUCUGGAAACAUGAUGGUGCUUGGCUGCUUUUUGACACAUCUUGCUAUUUUGUCCAUAAUCUCAUGUAGGCCAUCCUACCAGCACUCUAUCUGCAAGCUGUUGACUAGAGCACAUGUAUCAAUACCAGUGGGCAUAUUUGCAAUACAACACCAUUUUUAUUUUGACAAAACCAUCAGAGUAGCAAAUGCGAUGGAAACUUGUAUUUGGUACAUGGGAAUUUAACCGCGUUAUUUUUAUGGGCACUACGUCAUCACAUACAGCAUUUUUAUCCUCAACAGGUCAACUUGAUGGAAACCCAUCUCUGGGAAAAUGUGUGUAUUUGUUUUUAUGCAAAGUUUCAGACUAUUUACAUAAAUCUGUUGCCAAUUGGAUGGAAACCUAGCUAAUUAGACUUCCCAUUUCAAGGUUCUCUUUCAAAAAGAAAAGUAAUUUUUGAACAUUUUAGGCACGUCAGCUGGCUAACUCCUUGAUCCAGCUUAGUUGUAUACCCCGCUGACAUUUCAAAGGGGUUUUCCUGAUGCUACCCUCGCUUAAAAAUGGCAAAUUUGGUUCCCCAUGCCAAGUUGUGUACUAAGUUGUCAUCAGAUCAUUUAGAUGUUCACAUCUAAUACAUCGUCAGUAAUUUGACUGCUGGUUAGUAUGAAGUAAUUUUAUGCCAUGGCUGUCAUAACCUGUCAAGCAUAGCAGGGGUAGAAAAGCACAUUUUGGCUGCUGUGACUUAGCUAUUGUUCUGAGAUCAGGUUUCAAAUCCAAAUGCAAUCAGGCUUUUCCGUUAAAGAGGGUAACCUGAUACUGUCCUUUUAUGUGACACACCCUCUCAGAAUGAUUCUAAACUGCAUCAUAACUUUGCAUAAAACAUGGUGAAGGAGACUAUUGGGGGGAGAAAAAAAUAUAUACAAAAUGGAAAAGCAUUCCGAAGAAAAUAACUAUUCUGAGGCCAUGUAGCUGUAAGUCAUCAGUUCUUUAAAAAAAGUUUACUUUGUUUAACUCCAUGUCAAUGUUUAAAUGUGCCACUGAUAUUUUAGUUUUAUGUCAACCUGCAUGUGGUGUUCAGGUGGAAUACUGGAUAUUUUUUUUUGUAAAGAUUUUUUUUUAAGUGUUGAUGGGAUUUUUAUUUUUUAUUAAACAUUUAUUUGUAUCUGGAGCAAAAUAAUGAAGGCUUUUACUGUUUUGUAUGUUGAAAGUGUUGGUAACUAUCUGUUUGGAAAGAAGUUAGGCUCUUUCUGAAAUUUGAACAAUUUAUUUUAUGGUGAUGGUCUCAAGACACUGUAGCCAUUUGCCAAAGAGGGUGAAAGUCAUGAAAAACCAGUUUUUAAUAUUUUUAUUUAAUUUUUUUACCUGAGGUUUCUCACAGGUUUAUGACACGAGCAUGCAUUCUCAAGGAGUAAAACUACUAAACCUAUGAAUGUCCAUGUGGUGUUGCCAGCACCGCAGUGUGGUACUCUGAGGGGGGCAUUAUUGACGUCAUAUGGCCCAUUAUGCUGAUAAUAGGACACUGAUUGUAAUCUUUUAAAGAAACCUUCUACCAAUGCAUCUUUGUGGGGUUUUAUGUCUUAUAGUAAGACUUACUUGAAUUUGUGUAUGCAGCUGUUGUCUUUGUUUGUAAAACUACCAUGCUAUCAAGAAUCUGAACAAAAGCAUUAAGCUAAGUAAGGGGGUCUUUAGGGUUUUGAAAAUGCAUAUUCAAAUCAGUUUCUACUUUAAAACAAAGUAUUAAAUAUGUUUCUCUCUGUUAGGGUUGGGAUUCUCAGAAAUGCAGAAAGACUUUGGUAGUACUCUAUCUAAGGUAUGAGUUACCUUCGUCAUAAUAAUUUCUACUUUUACCCAAUGCAGUAGUUUAGGACUGCCUUUUUAUUUGGAGAGAAUGAAUACAAGCUAUCCCUAGCCUCUUAUUUUUAGCUUUUUGUAAUACCUUUUUUUUAUAAAGUCAACUGAACAGUCAUAAUCCACUUCCCCACAAUUUGAAUGUAGCCCACCGGCAAUGCAUUUUAACGUUGAAAUUAAAUAAACAUUUUUAUAAAUAGUUUAGUUUGAGGUAACAUGUAGAUUUGUUUUUCUACCAUGUGGUUAUAUCUUCAAGCCUUGAGGCUUCUCUUGCGUGUUGUUGAUACUUGUUUUUAACUUCUCCCAGCCCAAAAAUAUUGAUGGAAAAAUGUUGGAAAGUACAUAUUACAUCUGAGACAAACAUUGAUUUUAAAUAAGCACUUUACUGUACCAUGUGACUGAUUUUGAAGUUCACGUAAAGCAACAUUUGACUGGAGAAUUUUGUGUUUUUCUAAAGAUUCAAUAAAAAUGCUUUGAACCA